UGGAUCAAUGGUGGGCGAUAAAUAAUAAAGGAGAUGCUGUUCGUCGUUUAAAGCGUGAGAAAGAGAAAUUGCUCAAAAGUCCUUUUCCUGGUUUUAUUGCGGAACCGACAUUGAACGCUAAUGGGGUUCAAUUGGAAAUGCGCUAUUCCUGGACCAAAGGACACAAUUUGGGAGGGAGGUUUGUACAAACUUCGAAUGAGUUUCGAGGACGAUUUUCCUUUCAAACCACCAAAAUGUCGUUUUGAUCCGCCAAUCUUCCAUCCAAACGUCUAUUCGUCUGGGAUUGUUUCUCUGAGUCUUUUUGAGAAAAACAGAGCUGACUGGACACCAGCAUUCAGUAUCGGACAAAUAUUGAUUGUACUGCAAGAAUUAUUAGCAAAUCCAAAUAUGGCAGAUCUUACACAAGAUGAGGCUUGUCGUGUUUAUUUUGAAGAUCGUCAGGAAUAUGAACGUCGUGUGCUCGAACAAGCUCAACGUUUUUCGCAUGAAGUGGUUCAAAUGGAAAUGUUCAAUUGGGGAUGUGCUAUUCCUGGACCAAAACACACAAUUUGGGAAGGAGGAUUGUUCAAACUUCGAAUAAGUUUCGCGUACAAUUACCCUCUUACUCCUCCAAAAUGUCGUUUUGAUCCGCCAAUCUUCCAUCCAAACGUAUUUCCAUCUGGGACUGUUGGUGUGAGCCUUUACGAUAAAAAGAAAGACUGGCCCAAUAUCAGGCGAUUGUUGCUUGCAAUUCAGGAUUUGUUGGUAAAUCCAAAGCUGGAAGAUCCUCUUCAAACUGAUGCUUGUCAAAUUUAUAUUCAAAAUCGUCAGGAGUACAAUCGUCGUGUGCGCGAGCAAGCUCAACGUUUUCCUCGAGAGAUGGUUCAAUUGGAAAUGUUAAAUUAUUAA